GGGGUAGGGGAAGUGGUUCCCUCUGAAGAAUAAUCGGAACCCCCCCCCUGCUUAGAGGCCCAUCAGUGCCCAGACUCGUCCUACUGGACAUUUUUCCGCAGUUACCCCCAAACGUGGGCUUUGUCCGCAUUUUUCACUUGCCUGUCCUACACUCCAUCCACCUUUGUGCUGGCAAGAUACAGAAUGCCAGGGGUUCGACAAGUGCUGCUUCAUCGACUGCCAGCUGCGGUGCGUGAGACCCACGAAGUUUUACACCAAGUUUCUGGACUUGUUCUUCUGGACAGCGGUUUUUCACAACUCCCUUGCCAUUAGCAAACCUUCAGCCCUGCCCAGAGCCACACCCAGCAGGAGCAGUACAAAGGCAGCCCCCACUUUGGCUCCUGGUCACCCCGCGCCAUGAAGUCACACCGCCUGCUGGUCCUCGCCGGGCUCCUCGUCCUCGUGAAUCUGGUAGCUGGAGACGGAGUCGAAGAGGCAUCCAGAGAGAAGCAGGGAGUUUGCCCGGCAGACAACGCGCGCUGCUCCAGGAUGAAUCCGCCUCAGUGUCAGAAAGACAGGGACUGUGUCGGGGUGAAGAAGUGCUGUCACUAUCACUGUGGCCUCAAGUGUGUGAUGCCCGUGGAGACACUGGACGAAGGAUGCCAUUUCAUCAUCCCAGGGUGUGUUUGCUGUUCUUGGGUAGAAAAGCAUGGCUUUACAAUGGCAAGCUUGAGUUGCACCAUCCAAAACGCAUCCAUCUGUCUUCAAAACAUGAAAACGGGUGAGCCUGGCUUGCCCUCCUGCACCAAGAAUCAUCCAUCACCCGCAGAGGUUCUCUCCCAGGCGUGUGAGCUGACACCUCAUCAAGUCUCUAGAGCAACACUUGUCAACGGAAAUAUGAAGGCCGGGGAAGAAAUUACCAGGAAGAGAUGAUGGGAUGUGCUAACAAGGCAUUCAUCCGUUUGGUUCAAUAGAAAAUAGCAGAAAGGAAGAAGGGGGAGAUGAAAGGGAGGGCAGAAAGGAGCUGGAAUGAUCGUUUGAAAUUAAAAGAACUAUCAGAU